GAAACAGAGAGAGAGAGAGACUCCGACCUCCUCUCUGACAUUUUGAACCUCUAACCCUCACAGAUCCUCAGGAAACAGCGCCACCUCCUCACUUCACCUCCUCUCUUCUCCUCCUGCAGCCGUGGAGGAGCAGCACGUGUGCGUCGUUAUGUUAGAGACGGAGUCGGGACAAACACCGGACCAGUCCACGGUGACGCCUUCAAACAAGUUCCCUGCUGCUAACAUGGAGGAGAGCAACAACAUGGCUGCUGCUGUGGCAGUGAUCAGAGACACGCCUCCAGCUGAGGGCCUAUCAGAGAACGACAGCGGCGUGGAGCUGACCAAUGAGAACAGCCCCCUGACCGCGGCCGAGCCGCCGUCCCCCUUCAGCCCCAAACAGAACGGAGACGCAGCCUCACCUCCAGACGACAACCAGUGUUCGAGAGGAAACAGGAAAAGAACGAAGAAGAGCUCAGAGGAUGAGGAAGCUUCCUGGGACUCCAACAGCGACGAAAAGGCCUCUGGACCGUCUCAGUUGGGUUUGAGACAGACACCUCGACCCAGAACCAUCUUCCAGGCCGGUCUGACGCCGCACUCACACAACAAGGCUCGCAGGCCGAACCGCAAACAGGAGCACGUGUUGUCCCUGUGUGCGCUCGGUUCUCGGGUGGUGGCGCUCGUGUCCGGUGAAGUCCCCGAGGCUCCUCGUCUGGACCUGAUGGAGCAGGACUCCAAGGACUCGGCUCAGAGCAGCAGCACCGUGUCCAGCUCCGAGGCCCAGCCCGAGUACAACGACAACAAGGGCUUUGGCAUCGGAGAGCUGGUGUGGGGGAAGAUCAAAGGCUUCUCCUGGUGGCCCGGCAUCGUGGUGACGUGGCGCGCCACCGGCAAGAGGCAGGCCGGCCCCGGCAUGAGGUGGCUGCAGUGGUUUGGAGACGGCAAGUUCUCAGAGGUCUCUGCAGACAAACUGGACUCCAUCAUCGCCUUCCCCAAGUUCUUCAGCCAGGCGUCCUACACCAAGCUGGCCUCGUACCGCCGGGCCGUGUUCCAGGCUCUGGAGAUGUCCAGUAUUCGGGCGGAGCAGACGUUUCCUCCCUGUGAGUCUGACAAUCCAGAGGACCAGGUCAAACCCAUGCUGGACUGGGCCAACGGCGGCUUCCUGCCCAAAGGAGAGGAGGGACUCAAACCGACGCACGGCGCCAGUGAGCAAAGCAUGCAGCAGAACGCCAGCUGCAGAUUUGUGCCUGGUCUUAGUUUGGUUUUAAGUGGAUGUGUUUGUGCGCCCCCUGCAGACAGCAACCCUCUGGACCACCAGGUCCUGGACGUGUCUCUGCCCGAGUACUUCCCCAGCGCCAAGCGGCCCCGAGUCAGCCUCUGUAAGAGCAAGGCCGCCCCCGAGGAGUCCUUCUGCAGAGAACAAAUGGUGAAUGAAGUCCUGAAGAAUAGUUGUAGUAUUGAAGAGUUCUGUCUCUCCUGUGGAAAGAGGAGAGCUGCAACCUUCCACCCGCUGUUUGAAGGAGGCCUGUGCCAAACGUGCAAGGAUGUGUACCUGGAGAUGUCCUACAUGUACGAUGACGAUGGCUACCAGUCGUACUGCACCGUGUGCUGCGGGGGUCGAGAGGUUCUGCUCUGCGGCAACGCCAACUGCUGCAGGUGUUUCUGCGUGGACUGCCUGGACAUCCUGGUCAGUCCUGGAACAUCGAACAGCGCCCGCUACCUGGACCCGUGGAGAUGCUACAUGUGUCAGCCGCCGCCGCAGUACGGCAGCCUGAGGCGCCGCGACGACUGGAGCCUCAAGCUGCAGGAGUUCUUUGCCAACGACCACGGACAGGAGUUUGAGCAGCCGAAGAAUUACCCAGCAGUCCCUGCAGAGCAGAGACGACCAAUCAGAGUUCUCUCCCUGUUCGACGGCAUCGCCACUGGAUACCUGGUUCUGAGGGAUCUGGGUUUCAAGGUGGACCAGUACGUGGCGUCGGAGGUGUGCGAGGACUCCAUCUCAGUGGGCGUGGUCAGACAUGAAGGAAAGAUCCAGUACGUCCAUGAUGUGAGGAACAUCUCCAAGAAAGAUCUUCUAGAGUGGGGUCCGUUUGACCUGGUGAUCGGAGGAAGUCCCUGCAACGACCUGUCCAUCGUCAACCCUGCGAGGAAAGGCCUCUAUGAGGGAACAGGGAGGUUGUUCUUUGAGUUCUACCGGCUGCUGAGCGAAGCCAAGCCCAAGGAAGGAGAGGACCGGCCGUUCUUCUGGAUGUUUGAGAACGUGGUGGCCAUGGGCGUCAACGACAAGAGGGACAUCUCCCGAUUCCUGGAGUGUAACCCUGUGAUGAUUGAUGCCAUCGACGUGUCUGCUGCUCACCGUGCACGAUACUUCUGGGGAAACUUGCCAGGAAUGAACAGGCCCCUGUGUGCGUCGGGGAUGGACAAGCUGGAGCUGCAGGACUGUCUGGAUCACGGCCGAGUGGCAAAGUUUGGAAAAGUUCGAACCAUCACCACUCGUUCCAACUCCAUCAAACAGGGGAAAGACCAGCACUUCCCCGUCCUGAUGAACGGGAAGGAGGACAUCCUGUGGUGCACGGAGCUGGAGAGGAUCUUCGGUUUCCCGGUCCACUACACAGACGUGUCCAACAUGGGUCGCGGUGCCCGACAGAAGCUCCUGGGCCGGUCCUGGAGCGUCCCUGUCAUCAGGCACCUGUUCGCCCCGCUCAAAGAUUACUACGCCUGUGAAUAGACACCAGGAGACCGACACCACCUGUGACCACACAGUGUGAUGCUUUCACUAACAUCUCACUGAGUCAGGAGGUUCCUCAGAGUCCACAGCAGCUGUUAGAACGCACUGCAGCCUCAAACACACACUAACACACAAACAGAAGAGGGGUGGGUCACCAUAUCCAGUGGGGGGGCUCAAAGGUCAAAGUGCAGCAGUCGUUAUCGUCUGGAUGGAGCGUCGCGUCGGGGGGGGGGGGCUAAAAAAGGGAACGAAGACGCUCACUCCUUCCAUUCGUUUAGAAAAUUAGUUUUCUUUAGAGGCAUCGUUUUUAAGCUGUCAACACUUCUUAGUUGUAGGAAAAUAGAAAACAAUUUAACACAACUUUUAAAGUGGCUCCAUAUCACAACGUUUUAUCAACACUGAUUUUAAUCUGAACAAACUUUUAAUCCGACCUGAACCCAAGUUAUUGGCCGUCUCUGAACGUCUCCUGCUGUUUCACUAGUCUCCGCAUUAUUAACACUAUUUUAAAUAUGAUCCGGCAAUUUCACCAAAACUACAUAUCCCACAAGUCUUAGCCACAGAAAUACUGUGAAAGAGGAAAAACAACUUUUAUUAAAGGUUUUAUUGAGUGUUUUUGUGUAGAUAGUGUGAAACUUUGAGUUGUGUUAAUGUCACGGCGACACACAAAUACUUGAAACAAAGCCAACGCAAAAACAGAUGUGGGGGGGUUUGUCUUUUAUCCACCGUUUCAAACCGCUUGAAACUCAGAGUGGUUCUGUUCCUCUGUAGAUGUUUGUUUAUUGUUUCAUGAUAAGCAGCUUCACUGUGAUGGCUGGAGGCCGGCCGCUCCUCGAGCGAGUCCGUCACUUUAGUUCAAACCUUUUUCCACACAUUGAAAAAACUAUAUUUUUGUAAACUAGCACUGACGACUUUUUCUAAGUUUUUCAGUUUCAAAAAGACUAAAGAUUUAACGGACUGCCAUGAAAACCCUUCAGAAGAGGCUUCACUGAGGUCCGUGUGGUGCACACGCUUCUGUGCUCGGUGUGUUUACAUCAUGCCAAUUCUCACCCUCAUCCAUUCCCAGAAGAAACCGUUUAGUGAUCGACUGAGAAAACUGGAAGAUUUGUUUCUAUUGUCACCAGAUUAAAGUAAACGGUUAUUACCUCAGACAGGACUGUGCCUCGUCCUGUAGUGUCUCUGUGCUGUGAAUACGUUCUGCUCCCAUGUGACCUGUAUGUACAUAUAACUAUAUUUAGCUUGUUAUCACUGGAACUGUUUUUUACACAGUGCUCUGUUUACUGUAUCGAUAGAAAAGUUUACAAGUUAUUUAGUUCUUUGCGAGUAGCUGUCUUUCUUAAAAACUGAAAGUAACUGUUUACAUGCUUCGUUAACACUGAUGAAACCAGGACACUAGUUCUGCUCUUUUGUAACCAUGCUCUUUUAAGACUUUAUGUAUAUUAGGAAGAUACAGUUUAUAUUAACACCGUUCAAAGCUUGCUGGAAGUUUGUUAUAUUAUAACACGACAUAGAACAUUAAUCGAUAGCUGCUUACAUAGUUUGUUAUUUAGAUGUAAACCAUUUGCGUGUGUUAGUCUUCUGAGAACAGUUUCUACUUAUUUCUCUUCAGCUGUUUUGUGCUUCAUCUUUUAUCAGAUUCACAUCGGAGGAUUGUGUCUCUGCUUUUCAGUUUUGUUAUUUAGCUUUUUAUGAAUCUGAAGUGCAAAAGAUCGGAUUCUGUUAUUUUUAUACUUCUUUAAGGGAAAACCCUUGUUCUUUUUUUAUAUUUGUAUAAUUCCUAUAGCCACAUGUAUAUAAUGUUACCCAAUAAAAAACAGCUUGCUGCUCAAAUCUUC